GCCGGUGUCGCUGGAUUGAGGUUUCCGGGCUACUGUAACGGGACUGCAACACCGGUAUACAGUCUCAACAGAUUAACUACACAUACAUUGUAAUAAAGCUCGAUAUCAUUUAAGUACUUUUGUAGAUUAACGAUCUCUUGCUGCAUACAAUAUCAUAACAUCUUGUCUCUUCAUCUACACGGACCUUGAAAAGUCACCGGGAAAAUGGCUGAUCAGCUGACUGAAGAGCAGAUUGCUGAGUUCAAGGAGGCGUUCUCGCUGUUUGACAAGGAUGGAGAUGGAACCAUCACCACCAAGGAGCUCGGGACUGUGAUGCGCUCUCUGGGACAGAACCCCACAGAGGCUGAGCUGCAGGACAUGAUCAAUGAGGUGGAUGCUGAUGGUAAUGGUACAAUUGAUUUUCCGGAGUUCCUGACCAUGAUGGCCAGGAAGAUGAAGGAUACAGACAGCGAGGAGGAGAUCAGAGAAGCCUUCAGAGUCUUUGACAAGGAUGGUAACGGCUACAUCAGUGCAGCAGAGCUACGGCACGUCAUGACCAACUUAGGGGAGAAGCUCACUGAUGAAGAAGUGGACGAAAUGAUUCGUGAGGCUGACAUCGAUGGUGAUGGUCAAGUCAACUAUGAGGAGUUUGUCCAGAUGAUGACCGCCAAGUGAAGAGAACACUGAAAUUUAUCUCAACGUUGCUUGUCCUCCUAAGAUCACUGUCUUUAAGAACAAAAAAAAAGGAACAUUAUCAGAUGAAACACCCCCCCCCCCCCCCCCCCCCCCCCCCCCCAAAUCACUAUUUGUAGAAUUGCAAUUUGUGCUUCAAUACAUCCAACUACUUCUAAGGUAUCUGUUAGCAUACACCAACAGAAUAAUCCCUAAAGAAGUUAAUGGACCAAGCUUUAAGAGGGCUGAAGCCCCGUACUUCCGACCAAGAUUCUGCGGAGUCACCCAGCUCCUGAUUAAUUUAGAGGAAAGAGCAACACUGAAAGGGCAAAGGGAUAGGAACCCAUGCCACAGUUCAUAUAGAGAAGUUGGCUAUUUAAUUCUUUCCAAUAUGCUUCAACAAAGAAAAUUGACUCUCUUGCACCAGUGGUGAUUCUCUUAAUACCGAUUUGAGUACCCUUCUUGCAUGCACCCUUUCUGUGGCGGUCUCUUGUCACGACAGGGUGGUUCUGAUCCCAUCAGAGGUAGUGGUCAGAUUGUGUACACACUGGAGGUAUAUACAUUAAUAUAUAGCUAUAUAUCUGUAAAAUAUGUGUCACUAUUGAUUAUUGCAAGAGCAAAUAGUUGCAAUGUAGGGUGUUCAAUGGUGCUCAGUUGGAAAUGAGCAUUCUUAUACCUUGAAGAGUUUGGACAAGAAUGAGAGGCUAUAAGGCAUUGAAGGUUUUUUCCCUUAUGGGAGGUUUUAUCGUCUUGUUUUGAGUCGUGGGCUUUGCAUUGCCUGGAUCACUGAUUGGAGACAGUAGUGUGUCGUAUUGCUUCAGGAUGAUUAUUGUGAAAACACACUUGAGGACUGCAGUUAAUACCUUUGUUCUGCAAACAAAUAUCCUGAUGAUACAAUAUUGAUGUAAUGCUUUAUAAAUGUGUUAUCAAAUAUUAAUGUAUUGAUGACAAACUUUGGUCACAAAAUAUAUCUAUAUAUAUUAGUGUGUGGUAAAGUUUGCAUUGCCUAUUGUUGUAGUAAAUGACCUGUGACAUGUUUUCUCUUUGGUUUUGAAAUGUGCCAUAAUACUCUAAAACGCCUCAACCUUCUUGCAAGAAUCGUAGUUCAUUAGAAUAUAAUAAAUCUACUUAGUAUAAUAACGUAUUAAAAUACAUGCAGUUGAACAUAUUUGCACAAAAAGUUUUGUUUUAAAAGAAGAAAAAAGAAACCAAAUUUCACUGUUGCUGCUGCUAUAACAACUCAUGUGUUUCACUCAUUUUUUGUCCUUGUUGGUGUCUGAUCUUCAAUUUGUAGUCCGGUGAUUCAAACUUCAAACUUGCUUGCUGUUUUACUGAACAGAAUACAUAUACUGUAUAUUCACAAAUACUACUUGUGGUUGGGGUGAUAUGUCUCAUUUGGGCUAUUAGAAAGGAAACUUCAGAUGGGGAUGAAAUAGGGUGGUAGUAAUGAGUUCAGCUUUAGAUGUGAGAUUGGUUUCAGGGUUAGAUUUUGGAACAGUUGGUUAAAUUUAUGAAGCAAGUUAGCUGGGAUAUCUUUAGAUUCCUCAAAGCGCAACACUGAAACAUGACUCUGUUUGAGGCGUUUUAAUUGGUUAUCUUUGAUUCAAAUGUUGGGAAGUAAAUGGUAAUGGAUUGUUAACUUCUGAAGGUAUCUAAAAAAAAAAGUAAAGAUGUGAUAUAUUUUCCAUAAAUCAAUAAAUUGACUGAGCUUUACUUCA